UGCUUGACGAAGCCACACGACCGCUGUAGGUGCAAGAAUCAGAGAUGAAGUCCUCCAGAGCAGCAGCGACCAUCGUCGUCCUGGCCUUGGCCUUCGCCGUCCAUUCCUCACCGGCCGCCGCCAAGGGUCUCUCGCCGGAUUUCUACGCAAUGUCGUGCCCACAACUGGGGCAGAUUGUGAGGUCCCACGUAGCCAAGGCCUUCCGCCGCGACCCCGGCGUCGCACCGGCCCUCGUCCGCAUCUUCUUCCACGACUGCUUCCCACAGGGCUGCGACGCGUCGGUGCUCCUUACGGGGGACAACAGUGAGCAGGCGUUGGGGCCCAACCUGACGCUCCGGCCGAUGGCGCUCAAGCUCAUCGACGAUAUCCACGCCGGCGUCGAAGCCACCUGCCCCCGGACUGUCUCCUGUGCCGAUGUCACCGUCCUCGCCACCCGGGACGCCCUCCUGCAGGCUGGAGGGCCCUACAUCGACUUUCCCUUGGGCCGUCGCGACGGGCUUACCCCGGCGUCGGCGGACCUCGUCUUGGCUCUACCAGCGCCAUCCUUCGACGUGCCCACCCUCAUCAGCUCCUUCGGCAACCGGAGCCUUGGUGUGGCCGACCUGGUGGCGCUCUCCGGCGCGCACACCUUUGGUGUCGCCCAUUGCCCCUCCUUCUCCGACCGCUUCACGCCGAUCAUCGACGCUAACCCCGCCAUCGGCCCCAAGUUCGCCAAGAUGUUGCAGGCCAAGUGCGCCAAGGACGUCCCGGAGGGCACCGUAACCCAAGCACUCGACGGGCUCACGCCGAAGGUGUUUGACAACUUGUACUACACCGACCUCAUCACCAGGCGUGGGCUGCUCAAGUCCGACCAGGGCCUCAUCGACCACCCAGACACGAAAGGCAUGGCCACACAGUUUGCACUCAACCAGCUCGUCUUCUUCAAUGAGUUUGCCAACUCCAUGGUGAAGAUGAGCUAUAUGGACGUGCUCACCGGCAGCCAGGGCGAGAUACGGCGGAACUGCGCCGUACCCAACACGCGUGCCGAGGGCAUCGAGACCGCUGGCGACGAGGGCCACGCUGCCAACAUGUAAGAGGUCGAUUAAUAAGUUGCCAAUGGUAGCUCAAGUGUGUGUGCGCGGCGCGCGCUUCCUUGUGUGUUUAGCAAUGGGUGUGUGGUGUCAGUGGAUUUGGGCGCUUGUGUGUUGUAAUAAAACGAGCGAGUGUCCUUCGCUUUGCAUUUAGAAACACAAUGUGCACGUGCACGCCGGCGAAGUUUAGGAGUUCUUAUUUAAAAGGAAUUUAUUAAAUCACGGAGAUACCAA